AUGGCGGGAAUCGAUACGCAGAGGCAGCUUCUCUCUUUGAUCCGCGACUUCACCUCUGAAAGAUCUCGAGGAGAGCAAAGAGUGGUUGGAUUGAAGAAGCAAAUCGAGACUCUUCAAUCGGAAGUGGAAUCAGCGUUUGCAGAAGUUGAAAAUGCGAAGCGUAUCAAAGAAGUGGCAGAGGAGGAGCUCAACGGCUACGAAGUUGAAUCGUCUCUGAACGAUGCUACGAUUCAAUCUCUGGAGGCAAGGAUUGCUCUUCUCCAGGAUGAAAUUUCAACUCUAGGCAGUGAAGUGGAUGCUCUCAAGAACAAGGAAGGAUUACUCAGGGACCAGUUUAUAAGUCAAAUGGUUGAACUGAACAAGGAAAUAAGGGAGUUCCAGAAAACAGUAGCUUCCAGUGUGGGAAAUGGUGAUAGUACUAGCAUAACAGCAAAUGUCAAAGGUUUUGAGGAUGGUCAUGGAGCUGAUUCAGAAGCUACCAAGGAUAUGAUAUCUGAUGUAAAUUCUCAAUUAGCAAAAGAGGAAGAAGGAUACAUGGCAGAGCAGAACAUAAAAGAACAGCUGCAGAAGGAGCUAAACGAGUAUGAGAAGAAAAUGUCACUCAUGGAGGCCAUAACAGAGAAAACAAAUUCAGUGCAACUUCUCGCUAGAUAUCCUUAUUUUCUUUCCUUGAUGGAAUACAAGCUGGCUUCUGAGCUGGAACAGACAUUGGCUUCACUCGGGGAGGAGCUGCAAAAGAGAUGCCAAUGCCAACAUUGCCAUGCAGAAAAUCUGGACGUCUUGAGCUUGCUUCUCCAGGGGGAUCAAGUAUGUUGA